ACGUUUCGGAAGCUUGACGUUUCGUUUGGAACUUUAUUUUUUACAUAUUAUUUCGUUGUGUCCGUAUCCGCCUGAGCUCUGGGAGUCCGUGUCCAAAUGUUCCGUUUUUCCGUGUACAUAUCGGUGCUACCUCUAAGCUAAAAAACGACGACUAAUAUCAUUAUUCGCAACACAUGUAAUGCCAUACUAAUAUCUUUGCACUUGAUUACUGUAAUGAACAUAAUUGUCAGUCUUAUCGAGUUCUGAAUUACUGGACAUGUGCCCGGAUAAACGACGUCGUUUGGAUUCCAAAAUACAGUAUAUAAUAAAUAAUCCCACUUUAACAGAAAACCCCAAUAAAAUCUUGUCAAAGAAAAUAAAAUAAGAAUCGAAAAUGGAGAGCAACAAUCCCCCAAUCUAUCACGAGAAGCAAAGAUUACAAUUUUGUCUACUGCAUGCCCUCAACAAUCUCUUCCAGCAAAAAGACGAGUUUACAAGACCAUUCUUGGAUUCAAUUGCUGAAAAACUAGUUUCAGAAUGUCCAGACAAGCAGAAGUGGACACCUUUAUCUAUGGUCUUCAAGCCUCAUCAUAAUUCUCUUACAGGAAACUAUGACAUCAAUGUUCUAAUAUCUGCCCUUGAAGAAAAGGGUAAGACUGUAAUCUGGCAUGACCGACGAAACGGGGCUUCUUCCAUUGAUCUUGAUAGUGAUGACAUGUUUGGUACUAUGCUUAAUGUUCAUGUUAGAAGGUAUGGUGGGUUGUGGAAGAGUAGGCAUUGGGUUGCAUUGAGAAAAAUUUGUGGAAUUUGGUAUAAUUUAGAUAGUGAUCUUAAAGAGCCUGUGGCUUUUCAAGAUAUUAUUGAGGUUAAGGAAUUCUUGGAUUACAUUAUUGGUCAGAGUGGAGAAGUUUUGCUUCUCAUGAAUAAGAAAGAUUGAUUUUUUUUAGGCUUUGAUUGUUCAAAUGUGUGAUAGGACUUGUCUUUAGAUAUAUUGUAUUUUUACUUGAAAUGCAAAUAUGAAAUCAAGAGAAUUUUAUUCUUGAACAA